AUGGCGGAGAUCAAGGACUUUGAGACGCUGUUCCGGCUGGACGGGAAGAUAGCCGUCGUCACAGGAGGCUCCCGCGGCAUCGGGCUCUACUGCGCGACGGCGUUUUUGCGGGCCGGGUGCGCCAAAGUCAUCAUCACGGCGCGGGAUGCCAAGAACCUCGACGCCGCCGUGCAGAAGCUGAAUGCCCUCCCUGGGAUCAGGGGCGUGGCCGUGUCCAUCCCCGCGAACGUCGGGCAUACGGACCAGAUCGAGAGGUUCGUCAAGGACGUCGAAGCCGAGAUUGGAAAAGACGCAGGACAGGGACAGGGCGGGGCGAAAGCAAGGGGUGUGGAUAUCCUGGUCGCGAACGCGGCGGCCAGUUGGGGCGGCCCGUUCGAGGACUUUGACGACUGGAAGAGCGUCAAGACGUUGGAUUUGAACGUCAGGGGCGUGUUCAACUUGUGUCGAUUUAUGGUCCCGCUUCUAUCCCGGUCUGCAACGCCGGAAGACCCUUCCCGGAUCCUCAUCACCUCGUCGGUCGGCGGAAUCAUCGUGCCCCAUGUGGGAGCGCGCGGCGCCAUCAUGUACAGCGUGUCCAAGGCCGCCGCACACCAUCUGGGUAGGAACCUGGCGCUGGAGCUGGCGCCCAAGAACAUCACGACCAACAUCGUCGCGCCGGGCUUCUUCCCUUCCAGAUUGGCGAAUCCGCAGAUCGAUUACCUUGGAGGCGUGGACGUCGUGGGGCAGCAGAACCCGCUUGGGAGGCUGGGGAGGCCCGAAGAUAUCGCUGGUGUGGUGCUGUAUCUUUGUAGCCGCGCGGGGAGCUAUGUCAAUGGCGAGGAUAUCAGUAUCGACGGCGGUGCGAGGCUGAGAGCUGGAACACAUCCGGGGAGUCUUGAUGAGAGAGGGACCGCUGCCGCGAGGCACAACAAAUUGUGA